AUGAGCCUUUCUACGCCUGACUCCUGGCGCCUACCAUCGGCUUCGACGACUGCAGAUGCAGCCACCGCGGCUCCACCAUGGGGAAUCGUGCGCGACGACACGGCCAUGAUGAACGCAAUCGGCAAGAAUGAAGUUCAGGCUCAUUCUUCGCGGCUGCCUAUAACCGCCAAAAACUUGGGCACGAUGUUCAAUAACGUGCAAAGGGCCCUCAAGCUGACGCUCGGGAAGAACGGCGAGGGGUCUUCGGAGGCCAACAAUCUUUUCCUCAAGCAGCUCGCCAAGCGCAAGCGCAUCGCCAAGACGAUCCCCCAGGCUAUCUUGGAUGCCCCGCUCGCCAUCGAGGACGCGAAUGAGGUGAGCAAUCAAAGUCAGGUCAUGGAUCCCGGUAACACGGCGGAGCAGAACCACAACGACGAUGACAAGGCGGUGGAGCAAAACCAAAACGAGGAUGACGACAGUGACGAGUCCGAUUCCGGUGACGGCAGCUCCAGUGAGACUUCCGUUGAGCGGAAGAAGCAGCUUAUCAGGCAAGAGGACACAUCAACAUCAACAACCGGCUGGCACCGCACGAUGCGUGGGAAAGCGUGA